CUUAGAAAAUAUUUAUAUCUGUAUUUCAUCAUUUGCAUCAUCCACAACAACACGAAACACAAGAUUUCAAUGUCAAAAUCGAUUUCAUCAUCCUCCUAUGAGAUAAGAAAACGAAACCCAAAUCCGAAAUCAUGUGCACUCUUGGUCAUCGAUAUGCAGAACUAUUUCUCUUCCAUGGCAUCCCCAAUUCUCUCCAAUCUCAACACCACAAUCACUCUCUGUAGACGCGCUUCUAUCCCCGUCAUAUUCACGCGCCACUCUCACAAAUCUCCCUCCGACCACGGCAUGCUCCACGAGUGGUGGUCCGGCGACCUCAUCAUCGAUGGCACCGUAGAGGCCGAUCUCAUGACAUCGUUGAACCGCAAAGGGGAUGAGAUGGUGGUGGAGAAGAGUACAUACAGUGCAUUUAGGAAGACGGGUUUGGAGGAGAAACUGGUGGAGAUGGGUGUGGAUGAGGUUAUAGUGACGGGCGUGAUGACUAACUUGUGCUGUGAGACGACGGCGCGUGAGGCUUUUAUUAGAGGCUUUAGGGUUUUCUUCUCCACUGAUGCUACUGCUACAUCUGAUAAAGAUCUUCAUGAGGCUACUUUGAAAAAUAUGGCUUAUGGUUUUGCUUACUUGAUUGAUUCUCACAAGCUUAAACUAGCCCUUGAUUAAACCUUGAAUAAAAUGGAAAAUGAAACCUUGUUACUAAAUUUAAGUGUGAAUUUAGUACUGUUAUGUGGAUUGGAGACACAAUACGUUUUCAUGGUGAUGUAGAGGAUUACUAUAGUUCAAACUCAAUUGAUAGAUCUAAAAUCGAUAACAACAACAUCGUUGAAGUUCUAAGUUCCAAAUUCCUCAACUCUCUACGAACUUUGGGUUUAUCAAACCAUCACAUUAAGUUAAGAUUUGUAACACCAAUCAUGCUAAUGAGAAAUAUAGACUAUUUAGAGGGUUUGUGUAGUGGGACAUGACUUAUAGUCACAAAAAUGAAAAUUCAUGUCUUAGAAGCAAAAAUUAUUGGUGAUAAAGUUCAUGAUAAUAUUAUAUAUUUACCACACA